CUGGGCUAAAUUGUUCUGGUAAGGAACACAAAGUAAACUACUGUACAUUGUUAUGUCCUGGUUCCCCAAAACAACUGAUCCGAAGGGUCAUAACACAUCACCAAACAGACCAAUGAACUACGUUCAUUCACGAGACUGUUGGUUUGAAAACCACCAGAAAUAUACCAUAUUUUACAACGCAUUGCAUAUGAAAAACAAACUACCAAUAAAGAACCCAACAUAUAUAAAUGAAGUUCAACAACCGUGCAGUAUAUGUACCGUUUUCUCUCCAAAUAUCAACAUGUUAACAUCAAACCUUGCUUUCUUGUACAAACAACAUCCAUAAAAACGAUAGUUUUGCGUCGCCAACUACUAAAAAAGAGUCAACGCUCACCUGGUGGAUGUAAGAAAGAUUGUUGAUGAGUUUCGAGACGGGCUUCGGUACAAAAUCCGCUCCGUCUACAAGCUACAGUUUCAUUUUUAUCCCGGAGCGCAUAAAUAAACAAAUGAGUUGUAAGUGGCGCUCAGUUAGUGUCGUCACUUCCGGUGAAUGUCGUCAUCAGGUAGCGACUCUUGAGGACCGUAGUCGCCCGGGAGUAUUCCACCUGUAUCAAAAGAAGAUGGCUCCAUCGCCGACCAAGCGAAAGGAAGAGGAGAAAACUAAAGACCGAGCCAAGGAAAAAUCCGCUAAGGAUGGCGAAAAAGACCGAGGGCGGGAGAAAGCCAGGAAACGCCGCAGCGCGUCCACUGGAAGCAGCAGCAGCAGGUCCCGAUCGAGCUCCUCUUCCAGCAGCAGCUCCGGUUCCAGCUCGGGCUCGUCCAGCGGCUCCAGUUCCUCCGGAAGCAGCCACUCGGGUUCCUCCAGCUCCAGAUCGUCGUCCUCCUCCAGCUCCUCGGGCUCGCCCAGCCCCAGCCGUCGGCGCCACGACAACCGCCGACGCUCACGCUCGGCGUCCAAAACGCAGAAGAGGGGAGAUGAUAAGGAUAAGGAUAAAGAGAGGAGGAAGCGAACACCCAGCCCCAAACCAACCAAGGUUCACUUAGGGAGACUGACCAGAAAUGUCACCAAGGAUCACAUCCAAGAGAUUUUUGCCACAUACGGCAAAAUCAAGUCGGUGGAGAUGCCAAUGGAGCGGCAGGUGCCGCACAUGUCCAAGUGCUUCGCCUACGUGGAGUACGAGAGCCCCGAGGAGGCCCAGAAGGCCCUUAAAUACAUGGAUGGAGGUCAGAUUGACGGACAGGAGAUCACGGCAUCCGCCGUGCUGCCCCAGAGGGUGCGUCCUCCUCCUCGUCGCCUGUCACCCCCUCGCCGAAUGCCCCCUCCGCCGCCUAUGUGGCGACGCAGUCCGCCGCGCAUGAGGAGAAGGUCCCGCUCCCCAAGGAGACGUUCCCCAGUACGCCGUCGUUCCCGUUCAAGAUCUACCGGUCGCAGACGUCACCGUUCUCGGUCCAGUUCCAACUCGUCCAGAUAAAUAACUUUGCCGGUUCCAGAAAAUUUCCUUUUUUUUAUUUUUAUUUUUUUGAUUACAAAUAGAAACAAGCUCAAAAGUUAAUGUCUUGCUGUUGUUCUGAUUUUUUUUUUUUUUUUUUUUUUUUUAAACAUUGUGUUUCUUGUCCUUUUUUUUUUUUUUUUUUUUUUUUUCUGCAUUGAUCCUAUUGAGUCCAAGCUGAAGUUUUGACUUUUCACAUCACUGUAUUGAAGUUUAGGCAGUUGGAAAAAUAAAACUUGUUCAAAUUCAUCUGUUUCAAUAUGGUCUAGUCCGGGGAUCGGCACCCCGUGUUUUUAGAGUCCCAUGCGGCUCUUUAGCGCUCCCCUAGUGGCUCCCUGGAGCAUUUUCAAAAAUGUUUGAAAAUUGAAAAAUAUGGUUGAGGUAAAUAUAUUUUUUGUUUUGAUAGCAUGUCUGUAGGAG